UGGCACAACGUUCACAUGUACCAAAGUUUGGCAAUUGGGAAGGCGAAGAAAGUGUUCCUUACACAGCCUAUUUUGAUAAGGCCCGUAAGGAUCGAACUGGUGUCGGGGGAAAGAUGAUUAAUCCAAAUGACCCCCAAGAGAACCCGGACAUCCUUUCUGACAUAUCUGCAUCUUCUCCUCCAAAAGUUAGACCAGAACCAGAAAAACCAGUUCAUGAACAGAGAAGAAGCAGGGAGGAUAAUGACCUAAGAUUUGCCAACUCCCCAGCCCAGCGCAGAAAUUCUGGUGAAUCAGCACAUCAACCUAGCAGAGGCCGUGGAGUUAGUUCUGGUGAAACCCAUCGAAGGCCUGCACGGCCAAGUGCUGGGUCUGAGAACAGUGUUGAGCGUUCACCUCUCCAUCGCAAUGCGAGGGUCACAGGACGAGAUUCACCCUCCUGGGAAGGAAAGGCUUCAUAUGAAACUAGCCAUGGCACUCCUGGAAGGUCCCGCCUCAAACCUCGUGAUGAAAGUCCUGAGAAAGGUGCUGCUGUUCCGAAAUUUGGCGAGUGGGAUGAAAACGACCCGGCAUCAGCUGAUGGUUUCACUCACAUAUUCAACAAAGUGCGGGAGGAGCGGGCGGGAAAAGUACCAGGGACUCCUUCUCAGCCGUCUUACCAGGAUGCAAGAAGGCAGGGUUCCAAUGACAGUGCCAAGAGUUGCUGCUUUCCAUGGAGCAGAAAAUGA